GACAACAUCGUCAUUGCAGCGACAACAGCAAAACUCUAGGGAAAAAAGGAUACCAGAUAAAGCCACGAUGAUGCAACAAGAAGAGAAAACUUGGCAAUGCAGGCCCACGUGAGCCACUGGUGAUUUAUUAGCAGAAGGGGGCACCUUGGAUAACAUUAUGGCGAAAAUACUCAUCAUCGCCUCUUUUAGCUUUACCUUCUGUAUCUCCAACGCACAAGACACAGUCUCGCCAUCUGAAGUUGCUUGUAAUCUUCCUCUUGGAAUAAUAUCAGGAAAAUUUAAGCUGUUGUCUUUGUCCAUUCACCCUAAGGGGAGACAUUCCAUUGAGGCAAAGAUAAAUGUCUCUGGCGGGUAUAGAGCUGCAAAAGAGAGUAAACUAGAAUACAAGUUCGUGUUGGUAAAGUUCGAAACAGAGACAGUCGUAACUGGAGUGGCGACGCAAGGGUUUGGUGAUCCUGAAGUUGAAGAAUGGGUCGAACAGUAUUACGUGGGGUUCACGCGUCAAAGCAGUACGGAAAAGCUUUAUGUAAAGGACAGCCGUGGGAGACCCAAGCUGUUUCAAGGAAACAGUGACUCAAAUACGAUUGUGAGAAACAACUUUGCACCUGAAAACGUACAGAUUAUCUAUAUCGAGCCACAAGAAUACCACAACAAUGUUGCCUUCAGAUUUGAACUCUACGGAUGCAUAAUGAAGAGGUCUGUGGACCUAUACUUCCGGUGGAGAGAUGAUCACUGUACUUUGGAAAUGCUCAUAGACAAAAAAUCUGAUGGGUUUCAAAUAACUGAAGAGAAGCUAGCAAACGAGAUAGGCCAGAUUAGCAGUCUCCCAGGAGUGCAAGUGGCUAAGCUCGAGAGCCUAAGACCUGGAAGCUUAAUUGUUGGCAUCAAAGUUGGCGUGCAAGAUUCACAAUUAAAACAGAUGAUUGUGGGAGCAAAAAAACUCUUAAAAAGCUUCACCAAAUUUGACUCUAGCUUCUUUGCUGUGAAGGACCCUAAAGGGUCGUCCUCGUGCACAAUGCCAAACAUUUCUUUAUCAAGCUUUUCCCAUGACCAUGAUAAAGCUAGGAGAAUCAAUCGCUCAGCAUCGUACGUAGUAAGAGCAUCAAUCAACAGUGAAAUUCGGCAAAAAGCUCUUGUUUCUUGGAAAAUUGCACAGUUGCAGAACUCUCGACGGAAAGAUGUGGACAGGACAAAUGCUUUUAAAUCCAUAAGUAUUUCCAUGGAGGAUACUGCACUUGGAAAUACAACUAUUAUACCAAAAGAGAUACCAAAACACACCCUUCAAUAUGGUGUACACUACAUUGAGGUUCAGGUAAAUGCCAGUGGUUGUAUGAACUACAAUUAUGGAUUCCUGCGAGUCACAGAAACACCUAUUCAUGUGGCUGUGUCGACAAACCCUCCACUGGAAGAGGGUGUUCUUAAAGGAUACCACAGGUAUCUUGAGUUUAAUGCAUCAAAUUCUUUUGACCCUGAUGUGCAAAAGAAAUAUAAGAGUGGCUUAACUUUUACAUGGCUUUGUGCAAGGAAAAAUGAGACUUUAGGAAAUACUGCAACACUACCUGUUGUUGUUCCGCAUGGAAGUGGAAACAGAUUAAAUGCAAAGGGAUGUUAUGGAACUGGACCUGGCAAACUGAAUUUUACAGGUGCAUUUUCAAAGUUAUUCUUGGACCAAAUGGAGCCCAAGAAAAGUUAUAUUAUCCAGUUAAUUGUGGAAAAAGAUUCGAGGAAGGAGAAUAUUUCAUAUGAGUUUGAGUUAAAAAGUGCAAACAGUUUCGAUCUUGAAAUCAGAUGCAAAAGGAAUUGUAAACGAAAAGUAAAUCCUAAAGAGAAAAUAUUUUUCGAAGGAGUUUGUGGCGGUGAUCUUUGCAAGCAAAAAAAAAUGCACUUCAGCUGGUCUCUUUACGUAAAGAGAGACAAUGGAGAAUUUCAGCCAGCCACGAUACAAAAUAAUCGCGACCUUUCGCUUCUGGAAAUUGACGAACUUGUGUUACAAGAAGGCAGAAAAUAUGAACUACAACUUCGUGGCAAUCUAACUAAGGACAUCAGAAGUUCUUUUACUUAUCCUUUCACAACAAACAAAUCCCCAAGAGGAGGAAACUGCACUGUUGAUCGAUUUACAGGUCAAGUUUUGGUGACAAAUUUCACAUUUUCCUGUUUAGGGUGGGUGGAUGAAGACAGUGACCUGAUUUAUCAAUUUGGGUACAGGUCGAGUAAUGGGGUAUAUGAAAUACUUCAGGAAAGCCCCUCGCCUUAUUUGAAGACUAACAAGCUUCCUCUUGGCGACACCGAGAAAGAAAAUAUGUUCCAAGUGGACAUCUAUGUCAAAGACAAAUGGGGUGGAUUUGGGCUCAGAAGUGUAAAGGUUAAGGUUCUCUCCGGUAGGACAAUUAACGCAACGACCCUGUAUCAAUUUACCAUGGGCAAUAAUAGUGAGAUGGCUAAGUUACUGAAAAGUAAAGAUGGUGGCAAGGAUGCCAUGCGGCUGGCGAACACCUUACUGUCCGUGAUGUCCGCAACAACUGAUAAAGAAGUUAAAAAAGAGGACAAAAUAAAGUUCAAGGACGAAAUGAUCAAACAUUCAUCAAAAGUCAAAGUUGAUGACCUUCAAGGAAUCAUUCUAGUGACCUCAGUUGUAGCCAGUGCAACUGAUAAAAGUGAAGAACUCUCGGAAGAAUCUCAGUGGACUUCAGUUGAUGUUUUGGAAAGUAUGACAAAUAAGUUUCAAAACAUUACCGUUGGAGGAAGUGACAAAGACCCGACCGGCAUUAACAAGGCGGGAAACAAUCUCUUGGUGGGAAUUGGAAAUGUGCUUGAUGCAAAUGCCGUGAAAUCUGAGGCAAAAACACAGACAGGCAACAAGAAAGACGAAAUAAGCAAAGAAAGUAACAAUGUUAACGUUACAAAGACAAAAGUUCUGGCUGAAAAAGCCUUUAAACUGAUUACCAAGAUCGGGGACAGCAUGCUAUCGUCAAGAGAAGUUGGUGACGAGCCUGUUGAAGUUGAGACCAAGGCAAUAUCCAUGAGGUUAGACAGAAAGACUCCAAGAGCAAUGAGCGACAAACCCGUCAAGAUAAAGGACAGCAAAGUGACAUUCCCUCCGUCUGACGAGCUGUUAGGUGAGAAAGCACAAGAAAUGGCAUAUGUAGACACGCAGAUGCUUUCUUUGAAGCAUAAUCCUUUUUCGUGGGACAAAACCGCCAAAGCUGUUAGGUCAGCCGUGAUCAGCAUUGACCUUAAGAACGAUAAAGGAGAGGUUCUAGAAGUCUUGGGACUGUCUCAAGAAAUCGAGCUCUACAUAAAAACAGAUAGACAACAGACACCCCAGGUUCCUUUACACUCUUUUGUGAAACCAAGUGUUAACGGCAGUAUGCAAUACCACAGAGUUUCAAUUGACGAAGACGGAAUGGUAGUAAGCGUCAAGGUGGUCCCAUCAAACGGAUCAAAAUUAGUCGUUUAUUUUCGCCAUCUUCGCCGACCGACACUAACGAACUACGAUUUCGUGGCGGAGGUCCCAGAUUUCACCUCAUGUAAAAGGCAUGCCAAAAAAAAAAUUAAAAACUCGAGUCAUGCAAUGCUCGAUGGGAAUUUUAACUGCACCAAGGAUCCUUAUUUACUGACACUUUCUAGUGACGUCACCGGUCACAUUGGUUUACAUUACAUUGGAAUUCGUCUUCCUGGCUCCGAUGAUAUUUCAAAGGAAAUUAAACGCAGGCGGAGAUCUUGUUCUGAAAAUGGAAGACAGCGGAGAUCUGAAAUGUGCGUGGAGUUCAAGGACCCCCCGACUACCCCCCCUCCAACCCCCAGGGUGAUUGUCCCGAAGUAUGAUCCCAGUACUGAUGAAAACUACACAUUGUCAAUCUCCAUGGGAGCAUGUUUAUAUUGGUCCGAAACCAAAGAGAAAUGGACUUCAGAAGGCUGCAGGGUUGGGCCAAAGUCAGUCAAUGGUUCUGUUCAGUGCCUCUGCACACAUCUCUCUGCGUUCGGUGGUGACUUUUUGGUCGCUCCGAAUCCUAUUGACUUUGACCAAGUGUGGGACGCGUUCAGCAACAUCUUGGAGACAAAAAACUUUGUAGUGCUUGGUACUGUAUGUGCUAUGCUUGGAAUUUACUUAAUCGCAGUGGUAUUUGCACGGCGGGCGGACCGAAGUGACAGGCAGAAGGUGACCCAAGUGAUUCCAUUAGGUGACGUUAAUCCUAGUAGCUACUGCUACGAGCUGAAAAUCCAUACUGGUUUGUGGCGGCGAAGCGGAACUACCGCUAAUGUAGCUGUCAUGAUUUACGGUGACACUACAGACACUGAUGUCAUUCCGCUGAACUGCAGCACCAUGUGCAACAAUGAGCUUUUUGCUCGGGGAAGUGUCAACACGUUCAUGUUGUCGCUAAAGGAGUCGCUGGGCGACAUAUCGCAUAUCAAAAUCUGGCACGAUAAUUCCGGUGAAAAUCCUCAAUGGUUCGUCAACAAAAUCGUCAUCCGGGAAACGACGUCGGAAACCGCAUGGCAUUUUGUGUGUAACCGCUGGUUGGCAGCCGAAAGGGAGGAUGGUAAAAUUGAGCGCGUCCUUUACGUGUCUUCCUCGAGUGAAGUCAACAGUUUUAAGAACAAGUUUUACAGUCGAGUGACAGCGGGGCUUGGUGACGGGCAUGUAUGGCUAUCGGUUAUCACCAGACCCCCGACGAGUCCAUUUACGCGCGUCCAGCGUGUCUCGUGUUGCUUAUCCGUGUUGAUGUCUGCAAUGCUCACAAACGCCGUGUUUUACCAGUUUGGCGCUAAAGAUACCGAUAAUGCUUUUCACCUCGGGCCAUUUGUAUUAAGCUGGCGACAGAUCACUAUAGGUAUACAGAGUGCUGUCUUGGUUGUUCCUGUGAAUGUGUUGAUUGUGUUUUUGUUCCGUAACAGUAGACGCAGACGAGGGGUUACUCAGGCCUACAACACAAACAGUGACAACUUCACGGUGGAUGAAACGCGCAAAACGGGCUGCUUUUUGUCGCGAUUUUUUGUUUAUAUCGCCUGGGUGCUAUGCAUUUUGACUUCCCUAACUUCAGCCGCUUUCACCGUCUUCUACAGCAUGAUGUGGGGCACUGAAGUGUCCAACGAAUGGCUGACCUCGAUCUUAGUGUCGUUUACUCAAGAUGUUCUAUUUAUUCAGCCAGUCAAGGUAGUACUUGUAGCUUCACUAUUGGCAUUACUCAUCAAGAAGGCGCCAGAAGAUGACAGUGAUAAAGAAAAUCAGAAGUCAAUGGCGCAGUCUAUAGUUAAGGGGGAAUCCCAUAAACCACUGAAACCCGACAACCAGCAACUAAAAAAGUUUCGGGAGUACCGCUUACGAGUGAUGGUGAUGGCGCGAGUUCUCAUCGAAUUGGCUUUCUACUUGACCUUUGCCUGGGCACUGAUGACGAUAUCUUACGGUAGGAGAGACACUGGGCACUACUGGAUGACAAAGGGAAUUGAUGACUUGUUGCCGAAAUUUUAUAAGGUCCGGGAUACUGAUACAUUUUGGGCUUGGACCCAGAAAUAUCUAGUUCCCGCUGUGUAUGACGUAAAGUGGUACAACGGAAAGCCCUUUGAGUACAAAGAAGGAUUCAUGUCAGACAUGUCCGGAUACUUAGUCGGCAUGCCCCGCUUUAGGCAGCUCAGGAUUAAACCAGGCCCGUGUCCUAUUUCACCACGGUAUCCUGAAUUCAGGGAAAUACUGCAUCCCUGCCUGCCACCUUACAGUGUAAACAGCGAGGACCAAACCCCAUACAGUAUGCCAAAAUGGCGGAAAGUUCCAACCAAUAAAACAGUACUGCUAUCGGAAUUUGCACUGCGUCGGAUGUGCCCGAGACCUUGGCGUUACAAGACAUCGGAACAACUGCAGAGUCUCCCAUUUCAAGGUCUGCGAGCACUUUACGGAGGAGGUGGAUUCGUAGCAGAUCUUGGUUACACAAAGGCAUCCGCUCUAAGGGUCAUAAAAAACUUGCAGAAUAAUUUAUGGGUUGAUGAAAAAACGCGUGCGGUCCUCAUCGAGUUUUUGGUUUUUGACUCGUCCACAAAUCUCUUCAGUGCUGUCUCGUACAUUUACGAGGCUCUGCCCUUGGGGGGUGCAUCUACGUUUAAGAGAAUCAACACGAUGUCGCUGUACGGUGCGACGGGAACGCGUUCUUUCAGCGCGGUGUGCGAGCUAAUAGUACUUCUCAUGGUGUUCUACUUUAUCAUAGCUGAGGCAGUGAAAAUCUGGAAGGACAAAUGCUCCUAUUUCAAGUCCGCAUGGGCUUAUGUGGAGAUGGCACAGAUUUUAUCGGCAACAGCCACAGUUGUGCUUUCCAUUUUCCAAAGGUACUAUACUACGAAGCUGGUGAACAGAAUUCACGCAAAUCCCUUUGAAACUUCAAGCUUUCACUACGCUGUAAUGUGGUCAGAUCUUGAAAAUGCGCUUAUAGCCGUGCUGGUCUUCAUUUUAACAAUAAAAGUUCUCAAGAUCUUACAAUUUAACGAACACAUUUCUAGUUUGGCGGCGAGCAUGGUUCGCUGCCGCGCUAAAAUCGUUUCUUACUCGGCUGUCUUUAUGGUGGCAUUCCUCGCCUUUAUGCAAGUUGCACUUCUCGUCUUCGGUAGCACGACGAAAGCGUACUCGAGUGUUUCCGAGGUCUUCCGAACUCAGUUCGGAUUGUUUAUCGGAGGAGAUACGGACUACCACGAUCUUAAGUCGGCCAAUCGGAUUAUCGGGCCAAUCUACUUCUUUUUGUUCAUGACCUCCAUGGCUACUAUACUUAUAAACAUGUUUCUAGCGAUCCUUAAUGAAUCCUACCGAGAAGUGAGAAUUUACCCUGAUCGAGAGAACGAAGAGGCUGAGAUGCUGAGGGUGUUUUUGGAUUAUGCUAAGAAAGCAGUGGGUAAAAAGCUUACCUCGUUUAAGGAAGAGAAAUUUUUCCCAAGGAGAGACAGCUACAGCGUUAAAAAUCAACAAUCACAACACAAGGAAAAGUUAGAAGAAGACUUUAAGUACAAACCAAUAAACUGGAGUAACUGCGACUUUACCUGUGAUAAAAAUCUCGUGGGUAACGAUGCUGUUAAUGAGAGCUCGUUUCUUGAAGACAUUAAAAAACACUUAAGAACUAUCAGCAGCGAGCUGAAAGACAUUUCUAUCUUGCAUCGCUCACGAAGGUACAAAGUCCAUAAAGUUCAAAAGAAGUUAGGCAUCCACGAUCAGAGGUUCAACGAAGACUUGCGGAUGCCUUGCAGGGGACUGGGGAUAGAAAAAGUAUCCAGUAAAUGCAGUUUAUUUAGUUUGAGUGAAAGUACAAUGUGCAUUGACAGACUACGUAAGGGUCGUGACUCGGUGAGAAAGUUGCUAGGCAACGAAGACUCUUUCGAUGUCGAAGAUGCCGAGUGGGACGAUGGGACAUCGUACACUGAGUCAAUGAGAACCUUCUUUGGCAAUUCUGGGACUAUCUAUGACCCGGAUAGAGACCCUUUCAGUGACUCGGAUGCUGAUGAUUUUCAGGAUCGAGAAAGCUACAUUUAGAUUUACAGAUCUAAAGAUCGAUUGUACAUACCUAAGAUGGCGUCCCCUCGUCGAGACUGAAGCAAUAUAAACUCAAUUCAAAAGAGAAUCAAGAAGAGACUGAAUCCCUCGUAUGUGCUUUAUUCUUUCCUAAUUUUUUGACUUGCGACUUGCGCAUGUGCUCGCACCUACGCAAAUUAUUUAAGAUGUAUCGUACUUAUAUAUACAGGUUAAUCAUAAACAUACAAACCACAGGCUGGUUAAUACACAAAUACUUAUAUAUGUUAGAUAUCGAAUUGAGGAUUUAAUUGAACUGGAUACAAGUUUGCACAUAUUUUCCCUGGGCUAUGUUGUUGCCUAUAACAUACCUCUUUAAUGACUGGCCGGCCUAAAUGGUAUUCUUCACGUAGACAAAUUGGACGAAUUCUGACCUCGACAAUAUGUUAGAAAACGGUAGAAUUUUCAUUCAACAGCGAGCGCAGGUAGUCUAAGAAGGGUUAUUUGCGUGCGCAUAGAAGAAUAAUAGCUAUGUUGGCCAUAAUGACAGAUGUCUAUUACGAUGAAAUGAGUAAUAAUUCACUCAAGAUGUGCGAAGGAUAAGCAUCCAGGACCUGUUCUCUUUUUAAGUAGCUUUACAAAGUUAAAAUUAUUAUGAUAUCCGUAUUUUUAUAGCUUUGUUUAAAUGAUAUAGCCUUGGAGUUAAACGUUAGACAAGUUGAUCUAAGGAUAGUCGUUAGCUGGACUAAAUUGCUUUUGUCAAACCAUGAUCUAGCUGAACAUUAUUGGUAUCCAAAGUUGAGUAUGUAAAUAAGUAUACUGAAAAAGCGUAUGACAGUCUCGGUAUUAUACAUUAAGGGAACGCAGAGGGUAGUGCCGAGAAAAGCUAUGGUCUUCGAUCAUCGAACACAUGAUGUUUAAUUCACGUCAAAGGCUGAAAUGUAAAUAAAAGAUUUGUACGUCAAAGAUAA